AUCAGAUUGGGGUGACUCCAUUUCGGGAAAAAAGUCUAAACUUGAGUCAAAAAUUUGUUGUAUUUUCAACCGGAAAAUAGUUUCACCACUAUGGCAGGACCGUAUCUGUCCCCUUUGCCCGGUGAUCUACUAACGGAGUACAUGUUUGGCAGAAGGCGCCAAAGAAGAAAUCGUACAACUUUCAGUCCUCAACAGCUUCAAGAACUGGAAGCGCUCUUCCAAAAAACACAUUACCCGGACGUUUUCUUGAGAGAAGAAGUUGCUUUGCGAAUAAGCCUCUCUGAAGCAAGAGUACAGGUCUGGUUUCAGAACAGAAGAGCCAAAUGGAGAAAACAGGCGCGAUUGCAAUUGCUUCAAGAUGCCUGGAGAAUGAGAUGCUUAGGCAUGACGUCCCCACAACUUCUCAUUCCAGGCAGAUCUGCGACUUCUUUACCACCAGGCUCGCUUCCACCCAGUCACCACCCAGACAAACCCUCUGACUACCCUCAUAUGAACAUGCCUCCUCAAAACGUUCCCACUUCCUCAAUACCAGCAGCCCAUACUCCUCAUUCUUGUUCUCCAGUGAGAAGUUCUCCAAGCCCGCAGGAUUUAUCUCCAGGUGUUCCCGAUGAUUUGUCUAUUGGGAAGAGACCAGAACCAGGAGAAACCUCUGAGAUUCUGGGCCCCAACAAUAAUAACAAUAACAGUAAUCGGAUGGUCUUGCAUGGACCAACUUAAUGCAAUAAUGUAGUUUAAUUCAAUAGUUUUAAGUUCUCUAGACGACUUUCUUUGCCAGUGCUAGUUUGCUUUGAUAGAUCAUUGUUAUAUUGUAUUUUUGCGUAAUGUAGCCUGUACAUUGUUGACAUUUAUAAGUAGGUUUAUGAAAUAUAGCAAUAACAUUUCGAAUCUCA